CAGAAAGAGAGAAGAGACACCUACUCAGGUGACUAUACGAGACAGGAAGGACCUGUGUUUUACAGACCACUGCUAGUAGCUCGGUGAGGGACAGAGGAACUGUACAUUGUGUGGAUUUAAGCUACAGGAGUGUUUUCCCUCUUCCAGAAGUUUUCUUUUUUUCUGGUCUUGAAUGGCAGAUUUCCCUGGAAGCGUCAACACUCACACAAGUGCUGCAGCUGCCUCACCACAGGGAACCAUCACAAUGGCAGUGGAUGUGUCGUUUGUCAGGACCGUACCAGCCAUCCUCAUGAUGGUUGAGACUGCUGCUGGUCUGUUGGUCUGGUCUUUAAUAGCUAGCAUCCAUUAUACCUUCGUUCCUGCCCUUGGCUGGGUAAUGUUUGUCUCCGUCACCUUAUGGAUCCUGACCAUAGUGCUGUUCUGUAUGCUGCUCCUUGGGAUUCAUCACAAGUUAUCCUUUGUGCCCUGGCCCCUCACGAUAUUGGUCUACGAUGGCGUGGCCACUGUCUUGUACAUAACUGCUUUCAUAACCACUUGUGUAGUCACCGGUUCAUACUACUGGUUUGGGGCAACUGGCCACCUGAUUGGAGCCGCGAUCUUUGCGUGUAUAGUGACAGGGGCAUACGGAGCCAGCACGUUCUUUUCCUACAUGACCUGGAAAGGAAAUGGAAAUGGCAAUGCUGCGGGCUCCACUGUGCCAGUGUAGAAGAACACUCCGGACAAAAAGCCCUCAAUACAUGCGUGCCCGCACACACACGUGCCCGCACACACACAUGCACGCCCACACACACACACACACACACACACUUUAGCAGAACCUCCCUGAAGACACCUGUCCACUCCACACUAGGACGAUAGGUGGCGGUGAAAUCUAGUUUACAAUUACCAGUGUUCCUCUUUCCAUUUGUGUGUGUGUGUGUGUGUGUGUGUGUGUUUUUUUUUUUUUUUUACUUGACUACUUAUGAACAUUUUGUACCGCAAGACCUCAUUUCACUGGAGGUAUCCUGGCAACUGUGGAAGGAGGCAAGAAGGCUUCCGUGUACUGUAGCAUCUGACGAGUAUGUGAGUGUUGCCAUGGAUACAGUUCCCAGGCUUUUGUAUUGGUGCACACACAUCAGGACUGUGACAUCCGUCCCUCCAUAAUCUUAAUGUAAAGAUCAUCUAUGUUGUGCAGAGAAUGCACUUUCCUGUAUUUUUUGGUUUGUUUUUCUUUUUAACAUGUCAUGAACAAAAUCUGAAAAAGACAUUUUGAUAAAGUACAAAAUGAUUUUAAAC